CGCUUCGCAUUUCUGUCGUCGCGCCUAUAAAAUCGGGAGCAACCUCAUUCCCCUCGCACGUUCUGGAACGACACGUUUCUCUCUGAGGAAAGAAAUUAGCACCACCACCACCACCACAGCAUCGCCGCCGUUUAACUUUUCCGGUGACAUGUACGAACAUAUGGAACUCGCCUCUGACUGCGAUCAAAUCUCCGGUGCAAUUCGUGAGCCGGACGUUUAUAUCGUCACGUCUGGCGGACUUCGCAUUCCGGCUAACGCUUCCGUCUUGGCUUCGGUUUCACCGGUACUGGAGAAUAUUCUGGAUCGGCCACGGAAGUAUCGGCGAUCGGAGAAGAUCAUUCCGAUCCUCGGCGUUCCCUGCGACGCCGUUUUGGCGUUCGUUCGGUUCCUCUAUUCGUCGUGGUGUACAGACGAUGAAAUGGAGACGUAUGGAAUUCAUCUGCUGGCUCUGUCGCAUGUGUUUUUGGUCCCACAGCUGAAGCAGAGAUGCACCAAAGGAUUGGCUAAGCGGCUGACAAACGACAAUGUAGUGGACGUGCUUCAGCUCGCGAGGCUCUGCGAUGCCCCAGAUCUCUACAUUAAGUGCAUGAGGUUGAUCUCGGAUCAUUUCAAGACAGUGGAGAAGACUGAGGGUUGGAUGUUUUUGCAAGAUCACGACCCCCAUCUCGAGCUCGAGAUUAUGCAGUUCAUGGAAGAAUCUGAAUCGAGGAAGAAGCGAAGUAGGCGGCGUAGGGAGGAAAGGUGUUUGUAUCUGCAGCUGAGCGAGGCGAUGGAAUGUUUGGAGCAUAUAUGCACAGAAGGGUGCACGAGCGUUGGGCCCUACCAUCUGGAGCCUACAACUAAGAAGGGGCCAUGUGGGAAGUUUUCAACGUGUCAUGGUCUGCAGAUGCUAAUUAAACACUUCGGGACCUGCAAGAAGAGGGUCAAUGGAGGUUGCUCUCGGUGCAAGCGCAUGUGGCAGCUCCUCCGCCUUCACUCCUCCAUCUGUGACCAAACCGAUUUGUGCAGAGUUCCUCUUUGCAGGCAAUUCAAAUUGAAAGCACAACAAGUGAAAAAGGGUGAGGAUGCAAGGUGGAAGCUACUUGUAAGGAAGGUGGUGUCAGCCAAAGCCAUGUCUUCCUUGUCCUUGCCUAAGAGGAAAAGGGAAGAGGAGCCAAGACAGACCCUGGAUCACCGCCAUGGACUUGGAAGCUUUAGACUGUGAGGAGUAAUUGUUAGUACGCAUGCGGUUCUUGCUUAUUCAUCAAAGAAUUGCGUUGGGUUACUGGUUGUUUGUAAAUGAAGUGAAGUGUCCUUUGGCUUUUUCUCUUGUUGUUGUCUAGUGUGGGACCCCUGUUUUAAAGGUUGGUGAGUGAAAGAGUAAGGAAGUAGGGUAAGUCAGUCGAGUCGUUGUCUGUCAACCUACAACUUUCCUUUUAGUGGGAAUGCAAGUUACUUAGUUCAUUUUGUAA